UAAUAUAACCCAUUACAAAUAAUUAUUUAUAAAAGCUCUUUCUGCAGCACACUUUCAAGCGAAUAAUCCCUUUUUGAAAAAUUCAUCACAAUAUCAGACAAAUUUUAUUUUGAAUCCUGUUAAGAAUUUCCUUACUAAAAAACACAAUUCACGAUGGGUGAUUAUGAAGUGAAAAGUAUAAUAAAAAAAUAAAGUAAAAAAAAUGAAGUACUGUAAAUGUAAAUAGGAAAAUAGAAAAAAUAUAUUUUCCCAUCCACUCGAGCAAUGUAAAAUAAUUUUUGUCUCUUCUGCUCUACCCAAACACGCUUCUAGUAGGGGUACAGUUUACCAUAAAACAUAAAUGUAUGUUGUUUUAAAUUUCGAGCAGUUUUCCACGAGCAUGCAAACAUAUUUAAAAACGAGAGAGUGAGUGCUGGCGCGUGAGUUACCGUGUGAGUGAUUUUUGCUUUUGCUCGAUAUCGAGUUUUCGAGCACUGAGAGUAAGAGAGAGAGAGAUGGCAUGAAGAGGACACACGCAUAUGUGUGUUUUUGGGUGAGAGUGAGCGUUCGGCUGUUUUGAGUGCUGGGAAGCUGACAACGCGCCUGGAAGUGAUGCGACCGUUCAAUCUUAUUCGUGCAACGUACGAGACAGGUUCUGCCGGAUCGUGAAACCCUCCGACACAAAAUUGGUGUUGUGCCGUGCCGUGGGAACAACUAGCCGCCGUCCGUUUUCGUACGAAAGGAGUGCGUUCGUUUCCAAAACGAAAAAGAAAUAUUCUUCAAUCAACUUCAACUCAAACGAAAAAUUCCGAAUCGGCUUCCAGAAAGUCCAAGUGUGCAGUGCGACAAUAUACUUCCCCUGUGACGAGCAAAAAUUAUUUCCACAUCUCGGGGUUCCGCUUGCAAGUGUUUUGUGCGUGCGUUUCUGUAUUUGGUUUUUCUUGUUUUUUUUUGCUGUGGUUUUUUGCGCACGUUUGAAAGGAAAGUGCAGCUAAAGUUCGUUUUUGCCUGUUGGGGACUGGGCGGUGAUAAAAGUGAUGAGUUUAAGAAAACCGGAUCCGGGUGGUCCCGUACGGCGGUGUUAAGGGAUAAGCGUUAAAAAAAGUGCAUCAUUUCUUCGCUUAUCGUGCCGCUUGGUCACAAAACAAAACCAUCCCAUCAGCCCAAAAAGGCCGUCAAGUGAUAACCUUUGAAUAGUCUGAGUAGUUCGCAUCUUCGCACAAUAUUUGGUGAUUUUUUUUGGGUAUAUCAGUGAACUAGAUAGUGUUCGUUUGCGUUCCGGGUUUUUAUCAAAUAUAGCUCAAGAAAACACAUUUCUGCUACGAUAGUACAAACGGUCACACCAAGACGGUCCUUUUUUGUUGGUCUUCCCGGGGCCGAAGGGGGGAAAAAUAAGGGAAGUUUUGCGAGUGUGCGAGUGUGUGCCCCCAAAAACCCGGUACCGAAAUGAUGGUUACAGCCGCAACCAUCGCCGUUCGGGCCGGCGUACUGUUUGCGCUCGUUGGCUUCCUGCUGGCGGCACCCGGUGCGUCGGACGUGAGCGUACCGGCAGCCCGUCGCUACCAUGCCAAGUUUGUGGUCGACCGGAUCGAACCGAGGCGUCCCCUAUCAACCGACGACCGAUCAACGCCCGUUGCCGAUGCGGUUAGCGUACCGGCUGGUCUGGUGACGGCACCAACACCGGCCCGUACCCGCUCAACAACCCGCUGCCGUGAGGGCUGUCUGCAGAAGCGUUCGAUAAAGGAUAUACUCUGUACGCAGCAGCGCGAAUGCUCAAUGUGCUGGGACGUGUGCAACCGUAACCACCAGAUCCGGAAGGAGAACGAGCUAGCCCACCGGUUACUGUUGAGCCUGGUGCGGCUGAUACGCAACGAGUCGGUAGUGACGGCCGACAUCGAAUGGACGACACCGGAGGAGCUGGUACAGCAUCAGCCACAUCCGGUUGUACCUUCGCCGCUCGCUGCGAGCGAAAACGUUGAACGGCUGUCCCGGAUUGCCCGGGAUGGUGUCGGUGCACGGGAUGGUGUAUCGCGCAUCAUGCAGACGUUAGCGAAUCGACCAGCACCCAGCACACCGAGCGAAGAACCGCACCUGCAGGAGUACCACCAGUGUUUGGUGUCCUGGGAAAUAUCAGGCGGUGGACUUACCGGCAAUCUACUGACGGAAACGUCCAAAGUGGAGCUAUCCCUGUGGCCAAACACCAAGUACCAUGUGCAUGUUACCUGCCGAAAUAAGGAAACGGAUUCACUCAUCCGCUCGUCGUCUUUGCUGGUUGACACCAGUGAGGCGGUGAUUGUGAGUCUGCAAGGAACCACCUCAACUACGACGGAAACUCCAUCAUCUCCGCCACCACCGCCACCACCACCACCACCAGUGCUGGGGAAUGGUUCGAUCAACUCUGCCAUUCAGUCCAUCACAUCCAACCGGGUAGACACCGACCAGGACGAUCUACCCAUACCGGUGGAUGAUGAUGAUCUGCAGAUGUUUGCCGAGCAGCAGCAAGAACAGCACCAUCGGCAUCAUAGCUUUUGGCCAUUUAAUCGAAGCAGAGCGGAGUUGUCGAGUGUUGCGUCCGGCAGCUCCAAGGAGAUUGUUAUCUUGGGCGUGUUUGUGGCCCUGCUUGCCCUGGUGCUGGUAGCGCUCACCGUUGUGAUAAUGGUCCGCCGGAAGCCGGGACCGCACGAGGACCGGGAGCUGCUGAUCGAGAGCGAAAUACUACCGAAGAUACUGCACGUUUGAUAGAGGAAUGCGGAACCGACCGACGCCGGCGUCAUUCGCUGCUGUAAAUAGUCUAUUUAUGAUCAACGAUCCUAAGAGCGCGUAAGUCUAUUCUGCUCUGAUGUCUUACGAUUAAUGACAGAAGAUCCCAAUUUCCCUCCCCAACUACAAACCUUUGCCCGUUUGUGUUCUGUACUGCUUCUUUCGCGUCUCAUUCGCACUCAUUUGUUUCUUGCCUACUGCUACGAUAAGUCUUGCACGGAACUAUUCCCGUGAUGCAAGAUCUUCAGCCCAAAACGAUACCUACCCGAAUGUCGGGAUCUCAUAUCUCUUUAUCUAUCCAUUUCAUUCUUCAACAAAACAAAAAAGCGCAGCAUGACUAAGUUAUUACUAAUUGAAUAUAAGAAGCAGAUGAUAAUGUCAAGCUACGAAGGUUUAACGUACGCAAGCAAGAAAUACUAGUCUUAGAACGUGUAAAAUUGGCAAUUCGCCCAGGUUCUUCCCUCCCGCUGUCAGGUGUGGACGGUCACUUCGUAGCGUGUUCGCGGAAGGUGUGUGUGAUUUUCUCAUAUUCGUUUUUCGGCUGGUCCGGGUGAUUGAUCCAACAGUGGACCCCGAACCACGCCUACCAAAAAAAAAAACAAAAACAAAAAGAGCGGGAGCUAUUGGAGCAACUCGCACUGAGGGUGAUGGUGUGAACUGGCAGAUAUUUAAACGUGUUGAAACUACUAAAAAAUUUAGUCUACAAUAAGGGGGGUGGGGUUGACAGGGGUGCCCAACACUGUGAAACUAGCUAAGAGAUAUCGAACGUUGGCGUGUCGCGAAAGAAAUGGUUUUAGAUAUAUCAAGAAGAAAAAAAUCCAAUAUACCCCCCGCAGCCACUAGCAUCCCUUACAAAUGUUCUCCUUACCUUGCGUACCCCCGGUGAAUGGUGUAGUGGAGCUGAAAUAAAAGAAAAAACCAAAAUAUGCAGGUAAAUAUGAGUUCAAUAGUAAUGUGACGACAGUUUAUAGUAACGAGAAUAGCAUCAGACAGUGUUAUAUCUUCCUUGGAACAUGUUAACUGUCCCAUGAUGUGUGUAGUCCAGUCCGGAGACUGUUUUUUAAAGGGGGUAACAACCAUACUUGAGUAAGGGAAAACAAAAACCGGAAAACGUUGCUAAAUAGUGGGUAACCAAAUCACAACAGAAUGCAAGUUGACAAGUAAGUUACUAAGAACAGAAAACAGGGUGCAUUUGGCUUACCGAAUUGUGUCGAAAGUCGUACAAAGGUAGAGAGAAAAUCAAAUUAAAAACAAAAAUUGACUCUUCAACCGUAUCGAAUGGCGGAAGGCAGUGUGUAAAAUAUGAACAAAUGCUAGAAAACGAUUUAGGAAAAUAAAAAAAAGAAAGAAAGUGAAGGAAUACAUCAAGUUGUGGGAAAAAAAGAAAGAGAGAAAACAAAAAGGAAACCCGUUUUCGGAAGGUCCAACAGUUACUAACAGCUAAACAACUAGAAUAGACAAAUGAAGGUUAAAAACAAAAAGAAAUACAGCGUAUCUCCCCUCCACACCUUUCGAACGGUAGAUGGUGGGAGGGGGGGGGGGGGGGGGGAGCGAGCUAAUGAAGAAUGUGGGUGUACUAUAGAGAACUAAUGCAAGCAUGUGUACAUUUGUGUAAAAAGACUGACUCAAGAUCAUUGUAAAAUAAAAAAACUCUUUUAAAAUAUAUUAUAACAAAGCGAAA